AUGAGUGACAUCUACGAGUCGGCGGCCCACUCCUUGGGUCUGUUCGACAGUCCGUGUCUGACCAAAGUGGAGCUGCGGCUCACCUGCAAAGCCAUCUCCGACCGCGACGCUCGGUCCAAGCCGGACCCGUGCAUCGUCCUCAAGAUGCAGUCGCACGGCCAGUGGAUCGAGGUGGACCGCACGGAGGUGAUGCGCAGCUGCGUAAACCCCUCCUACUCCAAGGUGUUCACCCUGGACUUUUACUUUGAAGAGGUGCAGCGUCUGCGCUUUGAGCUGUACGACAUCAACAGCAACUACAACGACGUGAAGGACGUUGACUUCCUGGGGGCGGUGGAGUGCACCCUGGGACAGAUCAUCUCUCAGAGGAAGCUGUCCAAAGCUCUGCUGAGGCCAGGAGGCAUCGUGGGAAAGACCAUCAUUACGAUCACAGCAGAGGAGCUGACUGGGAAUGACGACUACAUCGAGCUUUCUUUCAGUGCCAGGAAGCUGGAUGACAAGGACUUCUUCACCAAGUCCGAUCCAUUCCUGGAGAUCUAUCGCAUCAACGAGGACGCCACGCUGCAGCUGGUCUACAGAACAGAGACGGUGAUGAACAAUUUGAAUCCCGUGUGGAAAACCUUCAAAGUUUCCCUCAACUCCCUUUGCAACGGAGACCACGAGCGCAAGCUGCAGUGCACGGUGUGGGACUGGGACUCCAACGGUAAACACGACUACAUUGGAGAAUUUGAAGCCACCUUCAAGGAGAUGAGAAACGCCAUUGAUGGACGACAGGUGCAGUGGCCCUGCAUCAACUCCAAAUACAAAGUGAAGAAGAAGACCUACAAGAACUCUGGCAUCGUCAUCCUCAACCAGUGCAAGAUCAUCAAGAUGCACUCCUUCCUAGACUACAUCAUGGGCGGAUGCCAGAUUCAGUUUACCGUCGCCAUCGACUUCACGGCGUCCAACGGCGACCCCCGCAACAGCUGCUCACUGCACUACAUCCACCCGUACCGACCCAACGAGUACCUGAAGGCGCUGGUUGCGGUCGGCGAGAUCUGCCAGGAUUACGACAGCGACAAAAUGUUCCCGGCGUUCGGCUUUGGUGCUCGCAUCCCACCUGACUACCAGGUCUCACAUGACUUUGCUGUAAAUUUCAACGAGGACAACCCUGAGUGUGCAGGUAUCCAGGGCGUGGUGGAAGCCUACCAGGCCUGCCUUCCCAAGCUGCAGCUGUACGGGCCCACCAACAUCGCUCCCAUCAUCCACAAGGUGGCGCACUCGGCCUCGCAGGAAGUGCACACCAAGGAGGCCAUGCAAUACUUCAUCCUGCUCAUCCUCACCGACGGCGUCAUCACCGACAUGGCGGACACCAGGGAGGCCAUCGUGCAGGCGUCACACCUGCCCAUGUCCGUCAUCAUGGUGGGUGUGGGCAACGCUGACUUCAGUGACAUGCAGAUGUUGGACGGUGAUGACGGCAUCCUGCGCUCGCCCAGAGGAGAACCUGUCUUACGUGACAUCGUGCAGUUUGUCCCUUUCCACAACUUCAAGCAUGCGUCCCCGGCGGCACUAGCGAAGAGCGUGCUAGCGGAGGUGCCCCACCAGGUGGUGGACUACUACAACAGUAGGGGCAUCAAGCCCAAAGUGCCCAGCCAGUACCAUUCUACCAUGCCCUUUGGACCCUGAGGGCCCGCCUUCACCAUCAUGGCCGCCGCUCUCCUGAAAAGCACAACUUUUUGGUCUUUUUUCACCACCAA